UGCAGAAGGUCAAACACACACACACACACACACACACACACAGUGUGUGUGGUGUGUGUGUGGUGUGUGUGUGUGUGUGUGUGUGUGUGUGUGUGUGGUGUGUGUGUACGCCUGUUGGCAAGAAACAUCAGAUAAGCUGUAGUUGUGGCAACGGCCAAACACACAGCGCAAAACAGCUGGAUCAGAUCUUCAUCACGUGCCAUCCUGCUGCCGUGUGGGCAGCGCAUGCACCCGGGGCCGGGGUUCGAAUCACCAGUGUUUCCCAGUGACUACAGGGAAACCGGACCCACCGCGACCCUGAACAGUGGGACUACCAAACCGUAAACAGGAGUGCUUGUAGAUUUUGUGGAUUUUGCAGUUUUACAUCUGGCAACCUGCAAUCUGCUAGAAAUACGGUGGUGGGUCGUGACCCCGGUGACAUGAGCGCUCUCUAACGACGAGAAAGAGAACGAGGAAGAUGUCCGAACUGGAGGGAGAGGGGUCGGAGCCCGUCAUAUACGGAGAGCUCAUCGUCCUGGGGUGUAACGGCUCGUUCCCCGGUGGCGAUCGUGGCAGAAGAAGAAGCCGAUUCUGUCUGUGCAGACGAUUUACCGCCAACGGGGUCAAACCGGGCGCCGUCCACUUCGCCUGCAGCACCGAGGCAGCCACGGUGAUCAGUAAGAACAGUCAGCACAGUGUGUCGUACACUCUGUCAGGAGCCGAGACGGUGGUGGUGGAGUACACACACGACGACCAGACCGAUAUGUACCAGAUCGGUCGAGCGACGGACAGUCCGAUCGACAUCGUGGUGGCGAAGCCGGUGGGCAGAACCCGCGGCGGUGGCGGUGACGGCGGGAACUCCGGGUCCGGUCAGAGUACGGUGUCACGGUUCGCCUGUCGCAUCGUGUGUGAGCGCGCCCCGCCCCACACUGUUCGCCUGUACGCCGCCGGAUUCGACUGUUCCAGGAACAUUUUUCUCGGGGAACAGGCGGUUAAGUGGCGCUCUAUCGGACAGAUGGACGGUUUGACCACUAAUGGUGUUUUGGUGAUGCGGCCGCCGGGCGGCUUUAGCGUGAGCGGUGAGCACGGCGAGUGGAGAGAGAUCUCCGUCUGUGGUAACGUCUACUGUCUCAGAGAGAGCAGGUCUGAUCACAGGAGGGGUCAGCAGGUGAGGGACGAGUCUCAGGUGCUGGUGGACGGCUCUCUGAUCGACCUGUGCGGCGUGACCCUGCUGUGGCGCUCGGCGGCGGCCCUGUCGCACUCGCCCCGCCCCGGCCACAUGGAGGCGCUGCGGGCGGAGCUGAACGCGGCGCGCCCUCACUGCCCCGUCCUGCUGCACACGCUGGCCUUCCCCAGCCUGAGCGAGGUGGAGCCGGAGCAGCCCCGCCAGCCCUGGGCGUACCUGCGCUGCGGGCACGUGCACGGCUUGCACCCCUGGCGCGGCAGGGCGACGGGCGUCAGGGGGGAGGAGGUGGAGGAGGAGAAGCAGGACGGCGAGGAGCAGGACGCCACCAAGGGCGUGAGGGACGGGGACGAGGACCGGGAGUGCCCGCUGUGCCGGGCGCGAGGCCUGUACGUGGCGCUGACGUUGGGACGGGAAUCCCGCCUCUGCGUGGACGCCGCGCCCCCGACUCACGCCUUCGUGCCGUGCGGACACGUCUGCUCGGAGGCCACCGCCGAGUACUGGAGCAAAACGCCGCUGCCGUCCGGCAGCAAGGCCUUUCACCCGGCGUGCCCGUUCUGCAUGCGGCACCUGGCACGGGACCGGCCGUACGUCAGGCUCAUCUUUACAGGGGCGCCAGAUUGACGCUCCGGCGUAAAUAAACUGAAACGUUCUGUCC